AUGGAGGGUGACACUGCGGCCCCAAAUGGCGGACACCAACAGCACGGCCACGGUCCCCACGUCGCCGUCGCCAACCACGACACCAACACAACACAAGCGCAUGCUCCGAUAGCCGCCGAUUCAGAAUACCUACAAGUCAACGAUAGGAAAACAAGCGUUGAAGAUGGUGGCGAACACUCCAGCACAGCAACCAGCCACCUCCCAUCCCCGCGCCUCACCGCAACCGACCUGGCAGCUCGAGCUGUCCACGACAUGAACACCGACAUGACAUCCGCGACAAACGGCUCAGAUCCCUUGAAUGACCGCCUUACUCCCGUCAAAGAGACAUUACCAUAUGCUACCCCGACCGAACCAUUCGUACCUUUCGUCCAUCUCCCGACACCCGAGCCCGACCCUCAACCAACAGCUCCGGCGCAACCCCUCAGUCCCAGCUGCUCCAAGACCCGAAGCCGAUCAGGGACAAAGACAGGUGCCCAUGAUGGAGUUCGCCGUCUGUCCGCGUCCAAGAUCCAAGAACUGACAAACGCGCCCGAAUCUCUGCCCAUCGCGACAGCUCCCGACCGUCAGCAGCCCGUCGAACCUACAUUCUCACCAACCCUCGCCGAAGUGAGCUCCAGACUCCAGUCUCAGCUGGGAAUCGCAAAUGGAAAUGGUCCCAACACAUCAAGCACAAGAUCACACCCACAACAAUGGCCUACAAUCGCCCCGCGAACCGUGUCUACUCCACCGGUGAGCAGGCGUCUCACAGCCACAGCAGCCCCUCAACAAGCUCGUCCAUCGCAGGAAGCCUCGAUCCGUCGCAACUCAUACCAGCCAAAUCCUCGACCGCCGCCUCUCGAUCUCGAUGGAACAAGCAACUUUAACCCUGGCGCCGCCGAACCUAGGGCCGCCCCUCCACCACGUCAGCAGCCCGAACCUGACGCGGCGCCCCCAUCGCCCAUACCGCAGAAUAUCCCUCUACCGCCUAUGUCGGUUCCUACACUCUUACAACUCGAGUUGGCUGGAUCGCGACCGAGUCCGCUAUACAUCCACCACUCGUACACUAGCGACAUACCGUACGAGUCGAGCGCAAUCAAGUUUGAGCGGUUGAAGAACUUCUUGGUUGUGCCCUUUGUCCUCGAGCGAUCCAUAACCUUUGGUGCUUUGGCUUGUCUGGACGCUUGGCUAUGGACCUUCACCAUCCUACCCAUGCGCUUUGGCAUUGCUGUGUCGAUUCUGCUUCAAUGGUGGGGAUACGUUAUUGCCAAGGAAACUCGAUGGGUGGUAGGAUUUGUGUGGUACGGCCUGGGACGGAUGUGGAGGCGAGGUCGCCGUGGACGGUCAGAGUCAGUGGCGAGUACGGAUGGUCAGCGGUCACGCAGUCAAAGUCGAGUACGGGACCAGCCGGUUAAUAACAGUACGAGUGCUACCACCACCGGCGCCGACACCGGCCAUCCCAAUCUCAACCUCCGCAUGGCCCCCGGGACUAAACCCGCCGGUCCCAGCCGCCGUGGAAGAGGCUUCGGCCACCGUCGAACCAAAUCCAACCCAUCCAACCUGACACACUACAACAAAGCCGACCUUCUCCAAGGCGCCGUGGUAAUCGUCUCCUCCAUAGCCCUCAUGUCCCUCGACGCCUCGCGCAUGUACCACUCUAUUCGUGCUCAAUCCGCCAUCAAGCUCUACACCAUCUACAACCUCCUCGAAGUCGGCGACCGUCUGUUGUCCGCUCUCGGACAAGACAUCUUCGAAUGCCUCUUCAGCAACGAGACCUUGUCAAGGGACAGUCUAGGCCGCAGCAAGGUCUUGCUCCCCCUAGGCAUCUUCUGCUUGGCUUUGGUCUACAACAUUCUACACGCGGUUAUCUUGUUUUACCAGGUGAUAGCGCUGAACGUGGCUGUGAAUUCCUACAGCAAUACCCUGCUCACGCUGUUGAUGAGUAACCAGUUUGUGGAAAUCAAGUCGGCUGUGUUCAAGCGGUUCGAAAAGGAAAAUACCUUCCAGAUGGCUUGUGCUGAUAUCGUCGAGCGGUUCCAGCUGUGGAUCAUGUUGUUGAUUAUUGCCAUGCGCAACGUGGUGGAGGUCGGCGGGCUUAGUGUGCCCGGGGCUGGCAGCGAGGAUUCAGGGCCGAGUUCGUUCCCGCUGCAUACGGCGAGUAUAUUGCCUGCCAGUUUCACGAUUCUGCCGAGCUGGCUUUGGAGCGGAGAAGUGCUAAGUCCGUUUGUGGUGGUCAUUGGCAGCGAGAUGGUGGUGGAUUGGAUCAAGCAUGCUUAUGUCAACAAGUUCAAUAAUAUCAAGCCAAACUUUUAUAGCAGGAUAUUGGAUAUCUUGUGUAAGGAUUAUUAUACAAACGCCUUCGUAACCCCCCAGCUCACCCGGCGUCUCGGCCUGCCCCUUUUACCCCUAUCCUGCCUCUUCAUCCGCGCCUCCUUCCAGAUCUACAACAUGUUCGUCGCCGUCCACGUCCCGACACCACUACCGCCUUCGACACAAACCUCGCUGUCAGUCGACUCAGCCACGCCAUCACCCGCCAUGCUCGCCGCUUUAGAUCGCCUAGACAAGAAGAUCCGCAUUGCUUUAGGCCGAGCAGUCUACGGCAGUUACCCCUUUGGAGAAUCUGACGGUGGCGGACUAGCUGAUAACAUCAGCUCCAACUCCAACUCUUUUCCCACAGAGGACAUGCCAGAACCAGCUGGUCUGGCAACACAUAUCUGGUCCUCAAUCUCCCAAUACCUACCAGAAUGGAAGUGGACCUCCGACGACGUCAUAGCGUUCUUCACCAUGAUCACUGUUUUCUUGUUAAUCUUCCUGGUGCUGCUCAUCUUCAAGUUACUGUUAGGGAUGUUAUUACUGCGAUACUCAAGGGACAGGUACGCGAGGAUGAAAGCUAAGGAGGCGGCUAUCGCUGCUGGACAAGCGGAGAAGGAGUCGUACGAGACGAAAGGGAAGAGGGUCGGGGGUUAUGGACAGGUUGAGGUGGGGGAGGAGAGGAGGAGGUGGAUAUUUGCUGAUGAUCCGAAGGGACUUAAUAAAGUGCGGGAGAGGGAAAAGGGGGGUGGUGGAGGAGGAGGGAAAGGGGGUGGUGGGAAACAGGAGAAGGACUUGAAUACGGUGAUGAGGUAUGAGAUGAUUGCUAAGCGGAUAUGGUAA